AUGGCUUUACAACGAUUUCAAACAUCCCUAGAUGAAUGUUUGCGAGAGCUGCCUGGGGAGAGGGCUUAUGAGCACUGGGAGCGUGCGAACAUGGUUCAAACAAUGAUAGCAGCCAGGAAGCAAGAGAUCCAAAAAACACGGACUGAGGCGUCAAAGGAACUGACGCGAGACUUUGAGCAUUUAGAGGCAUCAAUGCCCCCAUACGAGCUCCCCGUACCAAUCGCUUAUUGCACGGGCGUACAGCAAUUCGAAAAGGAAUACGACAAGCGGUUUGGGAAUGCGAGGGAAAUAUUUGUGGACAUGGAAUGGUCCAAGGUGACUGGCCGAUUCACCAUUCUCUAUCGACGAAUGAUGGGCCAAACCCUCAACCGAAUAAGUACGAUCCAAUUUGCCCACUCAUCGGGCGUGAUAGUAUACCAACUAGAGACUAGUGCAUGCCCAACAAAAAUAAAGCAGAUACUCACUGCGGGACAUGUCACAAAAUAUGGAGUUGGCAUCCGAUCCGACAUGAAAACGGCAGAAGAGGUCUGGGGAUUCUCCAUGGCAAACACAAAAGAUAUUGGCGAGCUUGCAGUCCAACUGCAUCCUCAUCAUUGGAAGAGGACGAAGGGCCUCAACCAACAACCAGGGAUACGAAAGCUAGCCACAUUGUAUUUAAGGCAGCGGAUUAAAAAGCACGAACCCAAGUGGCACGGGGGCUGGUGGACGCGGCACCUCUCAGACGAACAACUAGAGUAUGCUGCGAUCGAUGCAUAUGCAUCGUAUGAAAUUUUCCUGAAAAUUACGGAAAAAUCAAACGAACAUAUAAUCGGUAGUGAAAAAAAUGCGAGGAUGGCUGAUAAAUCGAACAUGCCUAGCUGA